AUGACUUACAAUUGCAACCGGCAAAAUAAGCAUCCUAUCCACACUCCAAUCCUCUUCUUCAAGAUUAUUCUUAGAACAAGUCUUCAAGAUGGAAAGCUUAAACUCCCAAACAAUUUCACUAAGAAAUAUGGUGGUGAUAUGCCAAACCCAAUGUUUCUCAAGCCUGAAGAUGGCACUGAAUGGGAAUUAUUUUGGACUAAAAAUGAUGGUGAUAUUUGGCUUCAAAAGGGUUGGAAGGAAUUUUCUACGUAUUACUCACUAGAUCAUGGUCAUAUGGUGUUGUUUGAAUACAAGCACACUUCUCAUUUUGAUGUACGCAUAUUUGACAAGAGUACCCUUGAAAUAAAUUAUCCUUUCCAUUGCACUCAAGAUGAACGGGAUAACCUUGACCAGAUUAGUGAUGAUCACUCAGUUAAAAUUUCGGAUGAGCUACCACCAUGCCAUAAGAAUACACAGAAAUCACCAAUGUCUUCUCCUCAACCAUGUAAGAAAUUGAGAACUUGCACAAGUAAUGUUGAAAGAAGCUCUACUUUGCAAAUUGAAGGUACAAUCUUGGAGAAGUCUAAAUUUGCAUCUGUAAAGAAAGAACCGGAUGAGGAUAUAGGUGGUACUACAGAAUUUCUAAGAGUGAAGCAGUUCACUUCUAAAAUUACCGAAGCUAUAAAAAAAGCCAAAACAUUCAGAUCUGAAAGUCCCUCUUUCACGGUUGUCAUGAAGCCUGCCUAUGUUGAUGGAUAUAACUUGAAUGUACCACUUGUCUUCAUGAGAGACUACUUCAAUAACAUGAUGCAGAUUGUGAUGUUACAGUUUGGAAAGAAAUUGUGGCCUGUAAAUUUAGUGAGUUAUGCAUCUGCAAAUAGAAAUGGUGCUCGAUGGAAGUUUUCUAAUGGUUGGUUGCAAUUUGCUCGAGAAAGUAAAUUUGUAGAUGGAGAUGAUUGUGUGUUUGAACUCAUCAACAGAGAAAAUGCAGUACUUAAUGUUCAUAUUUUUUGA